AUGCCAGCCAAACAGAGGAUGAGACUUGCCAAUGACAAGGCCAGCAAAAACGUCACACAGAGAGGAAACGUGCCAAAAUCUUUAAAACCCGAGGAGGAUAAAUACCCAGUUGGACCAUGGCUAAUAGCUUUGUUUGUGUUUGUUGUAUGUGGCUCAGGGAACUCAAAAAUGACACAUGUUGAGGAAAAAAUCGUACAGGAAAGUCAGCAGUUUGGAGAUCUUAUUAAAGUCAAUUUUGUUGAUUCGUACAAAAAUUACACAUUGAAAGCUAUUCUCGCUCUUCGCUGGGUAGAAGACGUGGACGAGGAACCAUUUUUGAUUGUCUUAGUUAUAUCUGAUCCUCGAGAUUUCCAGUCCAGACUGACGUUUAGAAAAACUUGUGGAAGCGUUCCGGAAUACAUGGGGCAAUCAAUUAAAACCGUCUUCUUUGUAGGAAACUCGAAACUGCCACAUGUAGAGGAAAAAAUCGAACAGGAAAGCGAGCAGUUUGGAGAUCUAAUUAAAGUCGAUUUUGUUGACAUGUACAAGAACUAUACAUUGAAAGCUAUUCUCGCACUUCGUUGGGUAGAAGAGUACUGUCCUAAGACGCGUUUUGUCCUAAAAAGUGGACAUGACGUCUCUGUUAACUAUAGAGGUCUCAUACGGUUUCUGACAAGACGUCCGGCAGAAAAGUCUGGAAAUCUAUUCGUUGGUUUUAAAUAUGUAAAUGCCCCUGUGGAUCGCAAUACACGUAGUAAGCACUUCCAGACCCGAGAGGAAUUCAGUGACAGCAAAUAUCCGCCUUACGUGUCUGGAUUCGCAUCACUUCUUUCCUAUGACGUCAUCAAGCUUCUUCACGCAGCGUCGUUAUGGCAACACCUUUUCAUAGAAGAUGUCUUUUUAUCUGUCCUGGCACAUGAAAAUCACGUCAGACUUGAACAUAAUUCGGCUUUUAUGAGUGAACCAGAGAGUCUUAACUUUAGUGACCUAUGCCGUGUGCGAAAUAUGUUGGCAAUUCACAAAAAACCUAAUGCGGAGAUUUGUGACCUUUAUAAAGACGUAGAUACAGUCUGCAAACAGUAA